AUGACUACCACCGUUGAAAUUGCAUCGACUUUUAUCGAGGGAGCUCCUCCUGGUGAGCUCGCUGAUAUUGUCGUCGAUGUACAAAGCUUGACUGAAGGCGAGGAUAUUAUUCCCUUGCUCGCCCCGGCAUUUGAAAGAUACAAUGAGAGCCAGCUCACCACGGUGAAAUUGCCUGGGUCCAGCCAGGAGGUGGGAAUUUACCCCGCUCCUCCACUUGAGAGUCAGACCUCCUUUGAAAUUGAUCAUACCACGCAGACUGCCUCUGCGGCACAAUCAUCUCCCUUGGAAUCUCAAAAUGCCGACCUGAUUAAAUCGUUGCUCAAGUCACUUGGCGUCCAUGCUAAGGAGCAUUACCCCAACUGCUCGUACAGCGUCUAUCCCAUCGAGGAUGACCUUGCCGUUGCAAUUGUCGUUGUUGCCAAUCGCUACUCUCCCAAGAAUUUCUGGAACGGUCGAUUCCGAGCAAUCUACCAAGUCCCCGUAUCAUCCUCCUCUUCUACCACCGUGACCGGCAAAUUGCACGUUGAUGUGCACUACUACGAAGACGGAAAUGUGGCACUUAACACUACCAAGCCGAUCAGCCUCUCGGUCCCCUCCGUUUCUGCCGAGUCGAUUAUUUCGCGCAUCGCGGCAGCCGAGCGUGACUACCAGGAGGAACUGAACCGGGCAUUCGUGAGCAUGUCAGAGGGCGCCUUCAAGGGACUUCGGAGACAGCUACCCAUCACCCGGCAGAAGGUCGAGUGGGAGAAGGUUGGCCAGGGACUUCGCGUAUUACCACAUCAUAAGUCCUAA